AUGGAUACCGUGAUCGCCUUGCACGCUUCCGCCCUGCGCCUGGACCGCGUGAGCUGUGAUCAGCUCCUGCAGCGGGGCGUUGAGCUGGCGCAUCACCUGGGCUACUCGGCCGCCGGCAUCAAGCGCGGAACGCUGGCCGCCCGGGGAAUGGGCAUCGAAUCGCGCGCCUUUGGCGGCGGCGUCCCUAGCAUGCGACAUGGUGGGAUCACUGCUUCCUUGCAGUCAGUUGGUGCCUCUGGUUUCAUCAAACCGGAGGCUCGCGAGGCGAUCGCUGAGCAGAUGCGUCGACUUGGUAUGAUCUCAGAUAGGGGCUACCUGGCAGAUGGCGGUCAUGGACAGCCCUUGGUGGUGGUGGAGGUUCCGUCCUACUUUGCAUCUCCCACUCCGGACAUACCUUUGCUGAUGAGCGACUAUCGAGAAGGCGGGUAUAAUCACCGAAAGGCAGAGGAGAUGCUCAAUGAGUCCAGAGGCUUUGAUGGCAGACACAGCAUACCAUGUGACUGCAGCAUGGAAGAUGACACUGUAUUUGUGGUGCACAGACUGCACCGCCUCGAGAACAGACCUGUUUUUGAGCGCUUCAAGGCCUAUGAAGCACAAGUUGCAGAGAAGCGUCGGCAGGAGCAGCUUGAUCCCGUGGACAUGCACCCAUGGCUUGCGCGGUUGGCCGACAAAAACGACCUAUCCAGGGUGGCCAACACUGUGUACCUCUUGCACGGCACAGACAAGGGCAAUUUGGCCAGCAUUUGCCAGCAAGGCCUCAAGUCCAGCCUCUCUUUGGCCAAGGGCCAUUUGUGGUAUGGCAAGGGACUCUACUUCACCCCUCAGAGCUGCAAAGCGUGGCAAUACGGAGCUGUCAGAGGAUGCGUCCUUCUUUGCCGUGUCGUUUUGGGGCGUGUGCAAGUACUGGAGGACAAGUGUCCGCAGCGGUUGUUCCCUUCUAGUGAGUUUGAUUCGGCUAUGGCAAUGAAGGGUGUCACGAGACACGAUGGCCGUCAUGAUGCCUUGCAGGUUCAUGAUGAAUACAUCAUCUACCAUGAUGCCGCUUGCUACCCGGAGUUUGUGCUGGAGGUUUCCGUGAAUGGUCCAGUUUGA